AUGGUUUCCAUGACUAUUAUUAUAGAAUUGCUAGUUUUGUUAACGUACCUCUUGGAUACUAAUGCAUCGAACAUUUCAACUGAUGAGGCAGCUCUUUUAGCUUUCAAAGCUCACAUAACUUCAGAUCCAAAUGGAAUGCUGUCGAAAAACUGGACAAAAGGGACUCACGUUUGCAAUUGGAUAGGCAUAUCUUGCAGUAGAAGGCAUCAAAGAGUGACAUCACUAGACCUCAACGGCCUUAGACUAAGAGGUUCAAUCGCCACAGAAAUUGGGAACCUCUUCUUUCUUAGUUUCCUGGACAUUGGCAACAACAGCAUCCACGGCGAAAUCCCUGAUGAACUCGGCUAUUUGAGGAGGCUGAAAUACUUGUCCUUGUCAAUGAAUAAUCUCACAGGUCAAAUUCCAGCAAGUCUAGGAUUACUGAGAAGGCUCGAAUCACUUGAUCUUUCUGAAAAUGAUCUCCUUGGAUCUGUUCCUUCGUCUAUCUUCAAUGUCUCUUCUUUGAAGGUCAUCAAUUUGAUUUAUAAUGCACUGUCUGGGACUUUGCCGAAUGACAUUUGCCAUAAUCUUCCGCGGCUGGAGGGCUUACAAAUAGCAAGAAAUCAACUCUCUGGCCAACUACCAAGCAACUUAGACAAAUGCAAAGAGCUUACAUACUUGUCCUUGUCAUAUAACCAGUUCACAGGAAGCUUUCCUAGAGACAUGUGGAACUUGACAAAACUUCAACAUCUAUUUCUUGGAUGGAAUAACAUAACAGGACAUAUACCAAGUGAAAUUGAUAACCUAUCAGCAAUUCGAAGAUUAAGUCUACGACGGAACAAUUUGGUGGGAAGUCUUCCACCAUCUAUUGGAAAUUUGUCAAAUCUAGAGAUGAUAGACCUAGGUGACAACAGACUAUAUGGUGGCAUUCCUCAGGAGUUUGAACAUCUUGUAAAUUUGAAAGAAGUGUAUCUUGGUCCAAACAGAUUAUCGGGUGAAGUUCCAAGGCGUAUGUACAACAUUUCUGGACUAAAAAAGAUUUCAUUUGUAGCAAAUACGCUUUCAGGAACACUUCCCCCAAACAUAGGCCAUACUCUUCCAAAUCUUGAAGGCCUUUACCUUGGGGAAAACCAGUUCACCGGGCUGAUUCCUACCUCCAUUGUGAAUUCCACCAAACUUAUCCAGCUUGAUUUUGGUCGCAAUCUGUUUAGUGGACCCGUACCUAUGAAUCUUGGAAAGCUACAACAGCUUCAAUUCAUCAACUUGCAAUAUUUGAAAACCGUUCAAAUAGGAGGUAAUCAAUUUAAUGGAAGUCUUCCAAAAUCUCUAGGUUCAGGAAACUGGUCCUUUUCCCUUGAAUAUUUCAUUGCCCUUCAAAGUGGUAUCACAGGAAAAAUACCAUCUAACAUCAGUAACUUUAGGAACCUGGAGUGGUUAACAUUGGGAGACAAUAAACUUAUAGGAUCUAUUCCUCCAGUUUUGGGGAACUUGAGGAAUUUGAAAAGAUUUAGCCUGGAGAAAAACAAUUUAGAUGGAAUUAUACCAACUAGCUUGUGUAACAUGGAAAACUUGUACCAAAUUAUCUUGGGGAAAAAUCAACUUACUGGCGAAUUACCAAGUUGUUUUGGAAAUCUUUCUUCUUUAAGAGAACUCUACUUAGAUUCCAAUGCACUAAUUUCCCAUAUUCCAUCAACUUUUUGGAGGAACAGAGAUAUUUCAAUUCUCACUUUGUCCUCCAAUUUACUGAAUGGGUCUCUUGCAGUAGAAAUGGGGAAUUCAAGGAGUUUGCGGAUAUUACAUUUACAUGGUAAUCAGUUCUCUGGUCAGAUUCCUAGCACAAUUGGCCAACUACAAAGUUUGGUUAGCCUUUCACUGUCAAAGAAUAUGUUAGAUGGUUCCAUACCUGAACUAUUUGAAGAUUUGGUUUCAUUGGAACACUUGGAUCUAUCUAGCAACAAUCUAUCAGGCAUGAUCCCCAAGUCCUUGAGGAAUCUUGAACAUCUCAUGUAUUUCAAUGUCUCGUUCAAUGGGCUCAUGGGUGAAAUUCCAGAUGGAGGGCCAUUCGUAAAUUUUACAGCUGAAUCAUUCAUGGGUAACCCUGCAUUAUGUGGAUCAUCACGCUUCCAUGUGAUGCAAUGCAGAGUCACAAGUCUUGAAAGGAAAAGAAAGAGUAGAGUCUUAACUUCUGUUCUUGCAUCAGUUUCCUCAGGAGUUGUAGUCACAACCAUUUUCAUCAUUUGGUUUCUGAAAUGCCGAAAAAGGAGUACGGAACUUCCUCUAGUUGAUACAUUUGGUCAGGUACAUAAGAGGAUUUCGUACUAUGAUAUUUCUCAAGGGACAAACAACUUUGAUGAAGCAAACUUGAUUGGAAGGGGGAGCCUUGGUUUGGUGUACAAAGGGACACUUGCAGAUGGAAUGGUUGUGGCAAUAAAGGUAUUCAAUACAGAACUGCAACAUGCAUUUAGGAGUUUUGAAGUGGAGUGUCAAGUUUUACGUAGCAUUCGACACAGAAACCUUGUUAAGGUGAUAAGUAGUUGUGCCAAUUUUGAUUAUAAAGUGUUGGUGCUAGAGUACAUGCCCAAUGAAAACCUCGAAUGUUGGCUUCACUCUACUGACAAAUUUUUGGAUAUAACUCAAAGACUAAAGGUGAUGAUUGAUGUGGCUUCCGCUGUGGAGUAUUUACAUGGAGGUCAUUUGUUUGUAGUCGUCCAUUGUGAUUUGAAACCAAGUAACAUACUUUUGGAUGGAGAUAUGGUGGCAAAAGUGAGUGACUUUGGGAUAUCCAAACUUCUAACAGCUGAGACGCUAAUAACACAUACCAAGACUUUGGGUACCAUCGGUUACAUGGCACCAGAGUAUGGGUCAGAAGGCAAAGUAUCAACCAAGGGAGAUGUUUAUAGCUUUGGUAUUUUGUUAAUGGAGACUUUUACAAGAAAGAGCCCUGUGGAUGAUCUAUUCGUAGGAGACUUCACCUUGAAAAGAUGGAUAUGCCAAUCAUUACCAGACCGAUUGGUGGAUGUAGUAGACAUUAAUCUAUUUUCACUGGACGAAGAAAAUUUUACUUCUAAAGAAAGAUGUUUCAAAUCAAUCAUGGAAUUAGCUCUUGAAUGCACAAACGAUUUGCCUGAAGAGAGAAUUUGCAUGGAAGAUAUUACUCUGCGACUCAAGAAGAUCCUAACUCAAUUUCUGCAAAAUGUUGUAACAAACUAAAUGGUAGUGCUGAAAUC